UGAUCCAGCGUCGCAUCAGGAUCUACGGCAAGCUUCAACGCUCGUAUCGUGACUUAGUCCAGAGGGGUAGCUCUAUUCGGUUUGGUCAAAUGCCAUUCCGGACGUUUCGGUCCAUUGCUGUUCAGUCUUUCUUUCGAGCGCUAAGUGUAAAUCUCCUCCGGAGCUUGUUCUUUGUUGGCGACAUGGGCGCCUGGGCCUCUACGGGACUUCCCGGAGUCGAGGAUGAGCUGGCGGUGCUGCUGCCGCUUCGAGAGCUUGAGCGUUGGAUGGUUUCGUUAAGGAUGUCGUCCAGGCUAACAUUGCGGUCAGAGAAUAUGGGCGCGACUGACGUGUCGAUAUGUUCGGUGAACUUCGAUGAAGCCAUGGCGACUAUGUUUGGAGGUUUCUAGCGGGUUGGAGGGAGUGAGAACUUGUUGGUAGGCGAAAAAUUGUGACUGUGACGAGGGUUUGUAUCAAGGAUGAUGUCUGAUAUCU